AUAAUUUCCAAAAUAUGAUGGGCAGCGAACUUAGCAUCGUGACCGUUCCAUACUUCCCAUAUAUGGACUUCGAGCCAUGCAGAAAUAAUCCUGAAGGUUUGGUCAAGCUUAAGGACUCACUUGAUGUCAGGAUCCUUAGCACCUUGGUCAUUAAGCUAAACUUCACGUAUAAAAUACACGCUGAACCAUUACGCUCAUUUGGUGAGGAUAAGAAUGGCAAGUUUACGGGGAUGAUCGGAAAGCUGCAGCAGGAGGAGACUGACCUGAGUACCAUUGUUGCUCCUACAUCAGGACGCCUCAGGGUGGUCGACUUCCUUCGGACAUAUCCCUCCGACCCGCUUGCACUCACCUCCCUCAAACCAGCCCCACUGCCUGCGGAGCUCUCCCUGGUCAGGCCGUUUGAAGGAGAGCUGUGGGUGGCGCUGCUGGUGAGCGUGGGGGCGUGGGGCGUGAGCCUGUGGCUGCUGCAGCGGGCGUGGCAGUGGGUGGCUGGUGGGCGUCGGGUGGAGCUCACCACCGCCCUCCUGUAUGGCUGGGGCGCCCUCCUUAACGACCCUCCCAGAGACCCCUCCGUCAGUGUCUCUGGAAGAUUACUGGUGGGUUGGUGGUUGGUGUUCUGCCUCAUCAUCACCACAGGAUACAACUCCUCCCUUGUCGCUCACCUCACAGUUGAAGGGACGACGCGGCCUCUGGACACCUUCGAGGAUCUGGUUCAAAAGCCCUGGAAAUGGGCUGUCGAUCCUUGGCUCUACAAAGGAGCAACUCUGGAGUACUUUGCAAAACAUUCAUCUCCUGUAGUCAAGAAGAUAUAUAAUAACAUGGAGAUGCUGGAAGCGAAGGAGGCGCUGCAGAAGGUAAAGUCAGGCAGCUUCUCACUCAUCGACCACAAAAACUACAUACAGGUGUUGGUGGCCUCCUACUACACCGACUCAAAAGGCUACACUCCUUUCUACAUCAGCGACAAGGGAAUAACCGUAAUAGCAGUCUUUGGUUGGGGAGUCAGGAGAGGUGCACCAUUCUUGUCUAGCUUCCGUCAAGUGUUGUCCAGACUGGAAGAUGCUGGCAUAAUAGAUCACUGGACUCAGGAGGUAAUAACAAGGAGAGUGAGGGAGAACAGAGAGUCCCAGUCCUUGGACCCUCCAGGUAUUCAUGACUCAGCGCAGGGCCGCACGAAAGUGGUACUUGGACUACAUCAUCUACAGGGCGCCUUCUACCUGCUGCUACUUGGCGCUGGUAUUGCCUCCCUCACCCUACUGGGGGAGAACCUCACCAUCUGCUGCUCCUCGCCUUGGUAACACCCACCCCAGCGACCCUAGAACUCACACCAAGAAUGUUGGUGCUGGACCACGGCGUCACCUUCUUCACGCUGCAGUGGGAGACCCUCACACUGCUGACGAGACCCCUCACCCUACUGGGGAGAACCUUACCCUGCUGGCAAGACCCCUCACCCUGCUGGGGAGACCCUCACUCUGCUGAGGAGACCCCUGACCCUGCUGGGGAGACCCCUGACCCUGCUGGGGAGACCCUCACCCUGCUGGGGAGACCCUCACCCUGCUGGUAAGACCCCCUCACCCUGCUGCGGAGACCCUCACCCCUGCUGGGGGAGAACCUCACCCUGCUGGCAAGACCCCCUCACCCUGCUGCGGAGACCCUCACCCCUGCUGGGGGAGAACCUCACCCUCCU